AUCAGUUGUCUCUCUCUCUCUCACAAAAUGCAUCUCUUCCUGAUCUUUGGGAUUGUGCUUCUCCCGAAAGCCUCCACUUUAAAGUGUUUUGAGUGUUUACCUGGAGGGUCAGGAUCCUGCAGAGACACAGAAAAAGAAUGUCCAUUCCAGGGUGCUCAGUGUGGCGCCCUGAGAGUCGUCACAUAUGCAGGUGAUUUGAAAGUCAGCGACAUCAAUGCGAAAACCUGUGUUACGGCCGAACAGUGUGUUGAGGGCUCGCUCAACUUUGGAGUCAGCAGAACGUACAUUACCAGCAAGUGUUGCACCUCUGAGCUCUGCAACACUCAAUUUGCACCAGAGCCCCAGAAAUCCAAUCCCAAUGGUAAAAAGUGCUUCAGCUGUGAUGGAAAAUCGUGCACUGGAACUGUAAACUGUGAGGGGAAUGAGGACCACUGCAUUUCAACCACAGUGGACCUCGGGGGUGAAAAGACGACCAUGAAGGGCUGUGGCUCCUCAAUGAUGUGCUCAGGUGCACAAACUGCAGAGAUAGCAGGAGUCAUUAAAGCAGAGCUGACCUGCUGUCAGGGGAACUUCUGCAACAGUGCCAUCAGCACACGUGCAGGCCUCCUGCUCCUGCUGGCACCAUUGAUCGCUUCGGUCAUGUUCUCUUAGUUGACAUGAGCAUCACUGUGCAACACUGUUCCUUUUACUUUCAACUGAUAAAUGAAAUAGUAUCAACUUAGCAAGGAAAAUAUCAUUAGGUUAGUUCUGAAUGUGAUUUGUGGUUCAUAGGGUUAUUAAAUUGAAUAUAUUUACAUAUCCGAUAUAUCAACUUAUAUGUUCAUAAUAAAGAGCAAAAUAAACACUUUUC